AUGAAACCCAGUAAUACCCUGGAUGCAUUGCCUCCAAUAAACCGGGGCAUGGUGGAGAGGCUAGACAAGGACGCGUUCCGCAAGACCAUCGAGGUCCUUGCCGCAAAGGUGGCGCCACAAAGGACAGGCAGCAUACUAAGGGCUGCUCCUCUUCAAAGUUGUAUCCUUGACUUGCCUCGCGUCCCGAGUGCAGCACGCGCGCCGGAUGGCGACCGACUCGUUCUGCUCAGAGUGCAGCAGGAAGAUGACCUGCCUCGGCAAGCGAAGGACUUCCUUGACGAAGAGAAGCUUUCUCUGGUGGUCCAUAAGCUCGAGCUCACGUAUGAUUACUGGACGGCGAAUGAUAUUAUCUCUUCAGUUCUACCUGAAGAGCUCGUAGAAGAAGCACCGUCUGGGUUCGCGGCUGUUGGUCAUAUAGCACAUCUGAACCUCCGCGAUCAAUACUUGCCCUACAAGCAUACCAUUGGUCAGAUUAUCCUCGACAAAGUCAGAGGAAUAAAAACUGUCGUCAAUAAACUUGAUGUGAUCCAAAACAAAUUCCGUGUAUUCGACAUGGAGCUAAUUGCUGGCGAGCCUGACUACAUUGUCGAACAUCAUGAAACGGAAUGCACAUUCCUCUUCGACUUCACAAAAGUCUAUUGGAACUCGCGGCUGCAUUCAGAACAUGGUCGCAUUAUCGAACUGUUCAAGCCUGAGGAUAUCAUAGCGGAUGUGUUCGCUGGUGUUGGUCCCUUCGCUAUUCCUGCCGGCAGGAAAGGCUGUGGAGUCUUCGCAAACGAUUUGAACCCGGAGAGCUUUAAAUAUUUGAAGCUUAAUGUCACGAAGAACAAUGUCGACGAGCUGGUUCGCCCGUCUUGCGAAGAUGGUAAAGACUUUAUAAGAGCCAUUAUUACUCGCGCCUUAGAUUGUCCUAUGCCCCCGGCGGCACCUCCCAUGAGCAAAACGCAGAAAAGAAAGGCGCUGCAGCAAACAAAACACAGUCAGAGCUGUGGUCAAAGCCGCGGCUCAUCUUCGCCUUCGGCACCUACGCGAACUCGCGUGACGCAAUUCGUGAUGAACCUGCCGGAUACCGCUAUCCUGUUCCUCGGUGCAUUCCGUGGACUAUUGUCGCCGGUAAAUGUAGGCGGACGGGAUUUAAGCGGGCUUUACGCAGAGAUGCCGAUGGUCCACUGCUACUGCUUUACGCGCGAGCUGGAACCGGAGAAGGCAGCUGCGGAUAUACGCCAACGUGUCGAACAUGAACUUGGACAUUCUCUGGGCGAUGAGGUUUCUUACUAUCAUGUACGGUCCGUGGCUCCCAGUAAGGAGAUGUACUGCAUCAGCUUCCGGCUCCCACGAGAAGUGGCCUUCGAAGCGUAG